GCCCCCUGCCUGCCGCGGUGCCGGCUCUGCGCUGCCGGCGGCCGCACCGGGCGGGGGCACCGGCACAGGCACCGGCACGGGCACCGGGCACCGGGCACCGGGCACCGGGACUGCGCUCGGCACGGCACUCGGCACGGCACGGCACAGGCUCACCAUGAUCGUGUGUCCCCAGAGCGUGGAGCACCCCCGAGGAAGCCGAUGCCAGCGGCUGCCGGGGCAGGUAGUGAAGAUGUCCAGCAGCGACCCUGAGUGCCCCCAGUUCCUCUUUGUGAAGGUGCUGGCAAGCCGAGGGCGGCUGGAGGCGGUGACCCAGCAGAUGGGAUACCACCCCCAGUACCUGGACAGCUUCCUCAAGAUGCAGCACUACCUGAUGCACAUGGACGGCCCUCUGCCCUUUGACUGCCGGCACUACAUCGCCAUCAUGGCAGCAGCCCGGCACCAGUGCCGCUACCUGGUGAACCUGCACGUGCUGCAGUUCCUGCGGGCAGGGGGGGACCCUCAGUGGCUGCGCGGCCUCGAAUUCAUCCCCCCCAAACUCCGCAACCUCAACGAGAUCAACAAGAUCCUGGCACACCGGCCGUGGCUCAUCACCAAGGAGCACAUUGAGAAGCUGCUGAAGAUCAGCGAGUGGAGCUGGUCACUGGCAGAGCUGGUGCACGCCGUCGUCCUCCUGGCACACUGCCACGCACUUGCCAGCUUUGUCUUCGGCUGUGGCUGCGAGCAGGACGAGGGGCUGGGGGGCCGAGGCUCACUGAAGCCACUGUCACUCGGGAACCAGUGCUUCUGUGAGGCCACUGCCAGCAACAGCUACGGCCAGGAGCUGCUGCGCAUCAACCGCAAGCGGUCCCUGGACUCCUGCAUGGAGCUGGAUUCCCUCCGGGAACGCAUGCAGCGGAUCCAUGUGGAGACUGAGGGCAGGGAUGAGAUGAGGCUGCUGCAGCAGGACCGAGAGGAAGGGCUCUCCCCUCUUGCAGACACUGAUGGGGAAGUCACCGGUGCCACCAACCUUGCAUGCUACAUGCAGGACCCUGACUUCGGAUACCAAGACUUUGCCCGGCGUGACGAGGAUCAGACGCAGGUGUUCAGAGUCCAGGAUUACUCCUGGGAAGACCAUGGCUUCUCACUGGUCAACCGGCUGUACUCUGACAUUGGGCAUCUGCUGGAUGAGAAGUUUAGGAUGGUGGAUGGUCUGCAGAGCAGUGCCAUGGCCAAGCGGCAGGGCUGUGAACCCUCUGUUUUCAAGCGGGGCAUCUGGAACUACAUCCACUGCAUGUUUGGCAUUAGGUACGAUGAUUAUGACUAUGCAGAAGUGAAUCAGCUCCUGGAGCGAAUGCUCAAAGUUUACAUUAAAACUGUAACCUGCUACCCAGAGAAGACAAACUCAGAAAUGUUUGACAGGUUCUGGAAGCAGUUCAAGCACAGUGAAAAGGUCCACGUGAACCUGCUGAUCCUGGAAGCCCGGAUGCAGGCAGAGCUGCUGUACGCGUUGCAGGCCAUCACCCAGUACAUGAUCUCCUAAAUGCUGGAGCUGCUGCAGGGCCCGGCAGCCUCCUCUGUCCCUGGACUCGUGCGGGACCCUCACGCUGGGACCGACGGCGAGGGAUUCCUUGAUUUAGUUCACUUGACUCUAUUGUUCCUUUUUGUUGGUUCCCCCCCCGCCUUGUGGGGGUCACUGAGUGGCCCUGUUACGUGCAAUUACCAAACUGUGAGGCAA